UUAUCAGUUAAAAGAGUGCAGGCCGUGCUCACUUUUGGUCAGUUGAACUUAAUACUCGAAAUAGAGAGCACCUACAAAAUAAUAAUGCUUACGAUUUGUGAUUGCCUACUAAACCCAUUGGUAGUUUGGCCGGCACUAAUCGGCCUGGCUAUUUACCUUAUCAGAGACUAUAUGCAAGGUGGUCAGUUCAAAAAGCAAACUGAUGAAACCGGUAAGAUUGUGAUUGUGACCGGUUCGAAUACGGGUAUUGGCAAGGAGACAGUUCUGGAAUUGGCAAAAAGAGGAGCUACAGUUUAUAUGGCAUGUCGAGAUGAAAGCAGAGCGGAAAAAGCGCGACAAGAAAUUAUAAAAGAAACGAACAACAACAAUGUUUUCUUUCGGGAAUUAGACUUGGCAUCUCUGGAAUCUAUUCGUAAAUUUGUAGAAGGCUUUAAAAAGGAACAAGAUAAGCUGCACAUUCUCAUUAAUAAUGCGGGUAUCUUUCGAGGACCUCGACGACUUACCAAGGAUGGUUUCGAGAUGCAAAUGGGCGUCAAUCACAUGGGUCACUUUUUGCUUACCAGCUUGUUGAUUGAUCUGCUAAAGAAAUCUGCUCCUAGUCGCAUAGUAAACGUUUCCAGUAUAUCGCACAAAAUGGCUACAUUAAAAAUUGAUGACUUGAAUAGCGAGAAGUCCUACAACGAGACCAUUGCAUAUUCUCAGAGCAAGUUGGCUAACGUAAUGUUUACGCGGGAGUUGGCUAAACGCUUGAAAGGAACCGGCGUGACCGUGACAGCUUUACAUCCCGGCGUAGUGGACACGGAAAUCUUUAGAAGCUCGGCAAUUUUACAGUCCAAUAUAGUGCAGUAUUUCAUCAAGCCACUUAUGUGGCCUUUUAUCAAGACUCCAAAGAAUGGUGCACAGACCACUUUAUAUGCAGCCUUAGAUCCCGCCUUGGAGGGCAUAACUGGAGAGUACUUCAGCGACUGCAAGCCAAAAAAAGUGUCUGAAGCUGCCACCGAUGAGAAAGCGUCCAGAAUGCUUUGGCAGGAGAGCGAGAAGUGGACAAAAGCGCCAAAAAUCCCAUCACAUUAGAUCGUAUGAUUUUAUUAUGAUAUACAUAGAAUGGGAUGCAGUUUGGCCAGUGCAAAGCGUAAUACUAAUCGCUCGACAAGCAUUUGCUUAAAUUAGUAACAUAAAUACAUUUUGUUUAGCAUUAUUAAAGCGGGUUAAUAUCGA